AUGUUGGCCUCCUCGGCCGCGUUCAAGCGGUGCCGCACGACCAGCGACAGCGACGACUACCUCCCUGCCGCCCACAACUACCAACUUGCACCCAUGAAGGCGCUUCUGCGCUCAGCACGACGCGACUUCUGUCUCGACAGUCUACAAAACUCGUUCCCCAUCAAGUCGGAAGAAGAUUCCAAGCCCCACGAAGCAGCACUAAAACACGACAAUAACUCCGACCAAGAGCUCGACCAAAAGUGCCGCAAACUGGCCGAACUGAUCGCUAAUUCCCGACACCUGGUAGCGUUCACAGGCGCCGGCAUCAGCACGUCCGUGGGCAUCCCAGACUAUCGCGGAGAGCACGGAAUCCGCACCAAAAACUUUAAGAAACGACGAACAGGCGAAGAAGACAAUGGAGAGAGCAAUUUUAACAAAUUGGUGCCCUCCACAACGCACAUGGCGCUGUAUGAGCUGCAUCGACUGGGCUACUUGAAGCACGUCGUGUCCCAAAAUGUGGACAAUCUGCAUCUAAAAAGUGGCGUGCCAGCUAGUGCGCUGACUGAGGUGCAUGGUAAUGCCACACACGCCAAGUGCGAGACGUGCGAGAAGAUCUACACCAAGGACUUCCCCUGGACGGGGCUGUGUGAUGACUCCGAGUGUGUGAGUACGAAGAGAACAGUCGAGCAGAGACUGAGAGCUCGCACACGGCAUGGAAACGGCCGGUUGAAACGGAAUGUCGUGGGGUUCGAUGAGCCACUGGGGGACAUUGACUUGGCGAUUGAUGAAUGUGAGGCGGCCGAUGUCGCGCUGGUUCUGGGCACAUCUCUACGAGUCGAACCGUUCUCUGAAAUGGCUGGAGACUACGCGGGAUCGCUGUGUAUUGUCAACUUACAAACCACAACGUCGAAACUCGAUCGUCGUGCGGAGGAAACGGGCGUCCGGCUGUUUGAGAAGACGGACAUGGUGAUGGAGAAGAUGAUGCAGUUCUUGAUGAAAGACCCUCGUUACCGUGUUCCCAAGUGGACAGGAGAACACCCUACCUCGGUAUUUGAACCUGAACACGAGAGCAAGAACCUCGUCAACGUACUCGCUGGACGAAUGCUCUCCUGA